CCUCCCCUAACCUCCCGCAGCCGCCACCUCCCACCUUCUCCUCGGAUCUGGCGCCGCCGCCCCUGCCCCACACUUGGCGCCACCGCCGCCGCAUCGCCCCGGCCAAUGAGGCGCCGCCACGUCGCCCUAGCGCCCACGCCAGCCAACCCCCAUGCGCCACCUGCCCUUCGCAGCCCCCUCUCCACCACGCGGCCCGCCGGGUUCCGGAUCUGGCCCGCCUGGCCCGUGACCGCGCCGCCGCAGCCCGCGAGGGCCCGAGCGCCCCCGCGCCUCCCGCUCCCGAUCUGGAUCAAGGGAGGACCCCUCGACCCCGAGUCCUCGUCGCCACCGCCCGGCUUCCUCGUCGCCGGCGCGCCUGCCUCACCUCCCCGACCACCAGAGGACCGCCGUCGUCGUGCAAGGAACCCCGCCGCCGCCGCCAGGAACCUCGUCGUCGCCCGGCCUCGCCACCAUCGGGAACGGAUCCGGCCGGACCCGAUCCGCUCGGAUCUGGUCGGGGCCCCUCCCGCCUCGCCUUGCAUCACCGGCUCCUCUCGCCGGAGAGCCAGCCACCGCCGCCGCCAUGUCUCUGCUCAGGACGAGCAGAGCGCAGCCGCCUGCCCGCGUUGACCGAUGCUUCCCUCCACGUGGGCCUUCCUCCGCAGCGCCUCAGGCCCAGCGCCACAGUCCCAGCCGCAGCCAGCGCCCCAGGCCCAGCCGCAGUCAGCGCCCCAGGCCAGCCGAAGCCAGCCGGCCUGCCAGGCCUCUCCAACGACCGGCCCAUGAGGCCCAUGGUGAGCAGCA